CCAUAUUGUUGUGCGCGAUCGCGGCUCGCCAUGGCUUCGAUGUUCGCGAGGUUCUCUCUGACGCCGUGCCGGCGUGCCGCGAUGGUCUGUUCGCGACGGAACCUGUGGAGACGCUACCCAGUCACCAUCGGGGACGUGUUCGGCGAGAUGGACCGGCAGCUGCGGCACUUCGAGCACGAGAUGUCGCGCACUUUCCGCGACCUCGACCGAUCGGGCGCCUUCGGACCGGCCUUUCGCUGGCUGCGUUCGCGCGACGUGCCCGUCGAGUCUGGCUCGGGCGACAAGUUCCAGGUGCAGCUGGAUGUGAGCAAGUUCAGACCGGAGGACGUCAAGGUGUCCCUGUCGGGCAACCAGCUCACCGUGCGCGCCCGCUCCGAAGUCAAGGAGGGCAACUCGACCUAUGUGCGCGAGUUCUCGCACACCGUGACCCUGCCCGAAGACGUAGACCCGGACACGGUGCGCUCCCUGUUGCUCGCCGACGGAUCGCUGUGCAUCGAGGCUCCCCGCGCGCUGCCCGAACCCAAGGAAGUGCCCAUCGAGAAGUCUUCAACCGAGCAGCCUCCCAAGUGAAACUGUCUAGCGAGUGUGUGUACCUAUAGUGUGUAAAUAAAUAUGCGUAUGUUUACCCCUUAA